AUGGCUCCAGAACUUCCCUCGGAAUCUUCAGAAGCUCCAGCGAAACAAGCUCCCAUCAUUUUUCGCCUCCCACACCAAACUCCUGACGUUCGACUCGUUGUUUUCGACCAAGAGUAUCAUGUCCAUUCUACAAUCUCGAAACUCUACUCCAACUACUUUCGGAAGUUUCUUGACUCUCCCAAUAAACCUGGCUCUUCGCCCUCGUCAUUCUUCAAAUAUGAAUACGUGACCGUUGUUGAUGAUGAUGGAAUAUGGGCCUUGGAAUCUGCUGGUAAGGUAAGUGAAUUGUUGUCUCUGACACAGUAGCCAAGCUAAGCAUAUGUCAGGUUCAAGCUAUCAAGCCUGAUGCUCUUGCUCUUCUUGAAUCCUCAGGCAAGAUAUCCGUCAAGUCAGAAUGUGCCAUUUUUCGCAAGCUCAUGUCAGCGAUGUAUCUUCGUCCGUAUACGAUCGACUCUGCCAGCGACGUCAUUGGAUUGACCCGGGUCGCCGAUUUUUACUGCGCAUUGCCAAUCGUUUCAGCAACACUAAACGGGCCCCUUAUGAGUAGUGAAUAUGUUGCUAAAGGAAAUAUUAAGAAUAGGGAUACGACAGAGCAUGUACACUUCAAAGCACCUGAGCUCUUACUCGCGGCUCACAAACUUCGGCAUGGAAUAUUGUUUCGAGAAUGCUUAGUUCAUAUAGUUGAUUUUCUCGACGACAGCAGACGUUUAUCACAAGACGAUAGCUACAAGGGUUAUCGUCUGCUUGCUCAAAACGACGUCUUGUACCGCAUUGUGCUCGAGCACCACAGCCUGAAGUGUCAGAAGAUUAUGAAAGUCAAUCUAGAACAAAUUAAGCUUGCACAGGAUGACGAUGACACGGUCUCAUUCGUGCCUUCUGCUGAGACCCAUGCGAUCAUUACGCAUAGACCUGAUAUGAAUGCCAGGUACUUUCGCGCUGUUCGACAGGAGCUAGCAGAGGAGAAGCGUGGUGGACCUGAGGAACCACUUAUGGAGGCGCUUGAUGAUCUAUUGAAGAGUGACCUGGUUUUAGAUAAAACCGGCCGCCGCCCCGGAGAGGAUGGCGUUUACCAACACUGUUUUCAUGCAUGUGAUGCUGAUAAGGUCGUACUUCCAUGGAACGAAGAAGAAAUAGACUGGUGA